AUGGGGGGAAAAGAGCACUCUGCCUUCGUCCCAAAUGGACAGACCCCAGACAGAACCCAGACAGAACCCAGACAGACCCCAGACAGACCCCAGACAGACCCCAGACAGACCCCAGGCAGACCCCAGGCAGAGGCCAGACAGACCCCAGACAGACCCCAGGCAGACCCCAGGCAGAGGCCAGACAGAGCCCAGGCAGACCACAGACAGAGCCCAGACAGAGCCCAGGCAGACCACAGGCAGACCCCAGACAGACCCCAAACAGACCCCAAACAGACCCCAAGCAGACCCCAAACAGACCCCAGACAGAGCCCAGGCAGACCCCAGACAGACCACAGGCAGACCCUAGACAGAGCCCAGACACACCCCAGACAGACCCCAGACAGCCCCCAGACAGACCCCAGGAAGUCCCCAGACAGGCCACAAACAACCCCAGACAGACCCCAGGCAGACUACAGGCAGAGCCCAGACAGACCCCAGGCAGACUACAGGCAGAGCCCAGACAGACCCAGACAGAGCCCAGACAGAGCCCAGGCAGACCCCAGACAGACCCCAGGCAGACUACAGGCAGAGCCCAGACAGACCCCAGGCAGACUACAGGCAGAGCCCAGACAGACCCCAGACAGAGCCCAGACAGAGCCCAGGCAGACCCCAGACAGACCCCAGGCAGACUACAGGCAGAGCCCAGACAGACCCCAGGCAGACUACAGGCAGAGCCCAGACAGACCCCAGACAGAGCCCAGACAGAGCCCAGGCAGAGCCCAGACAGACCCCAGGCAGACUACAGGCAGACCCCAGACAGAGCCCAGACAGAGCCCAGGCAGACCCCAGAGAGACCCCAGGCAGACUACAGGCAGACUACAGGCAGACCCCAGACAGAGCCCAGACAGAGCCCAGGCAGACCCCAGACAGACCCCAGGCAGACUACAGGCAGAGCCCAGACAGACCCCAGGCAGACUACAGGCAGACCCCAGACAGAGCCCAGACAGAGCCCAGGCAGACCCCAGACAGACCCCAGGCAGACUACAGGCAGAGCCCAGACAGACCCCAGACAGAGCCCAGACAGAGCCCAGGCAGACCCCAGACAGACCCCAGGCAGACUACAGGCAGAGCCCAGACAGACCCCAGACAGAGCCCAGACAGAGCCCAGGCAGACCCCAGACAGACCCCAGGCAGACUACAGGCAGAGCCCAGACAGACCCCAGACAGAGCCCAGACAGAGCCCAGGCAGACCCCAGACAGACCCCAGGCAGACUACAGGCAGAGCCCAGACAGACCCCAGGCAGACUACAGGCAGAUCCCAGACAGAGCCCAGACAGAGCCCAGGCAGACCCCAGACAGACCCCAGGCAGACUACAGGCAGAGCCCAGACAGACCCCAGACAGAGCCCAGACAGAGCCCAGGCAGACCCCAGACAGACCCCAGGCAGACUACAGGCAGAGCCCAGACAGACCCCAGGCAGACCCCAGACAGACCCCAGGCAGACUACAGGCAGACUACAGGCAGAGCCCAGGCAGACUACAGGCAGAGCCCAGACAGACCCCAUAA